GAGUAACUCGUACAAAAAAAGCUUAGCCAAUGAUGAGUAGCCUUAUGAUAAUUUGUUUACAUUCCCCAAUAUCAUUGCACAGAGCUAUUAACGCUAAUGAAGUUUCGACUCUUUGAAGACAGUUGAAUAUUAAGAAAUUAAUUUGCGUAACGUAGUUCUAUCUGUUCACCCGUUGGGUGAACAAGAAAACACUUGUUGCUUCACUAAUUCAUGCCACUUUUGUGUUAUUCUUACCAACACGAUUUGUUGGCUUAACCAUUUCUCCUAUCCAAUGUGUAUGACUAUUUGAUUUUUAUUUUAGUAUCUACGUACUUCUAUGAAAGAGUAUCAAUCAAUUAUUUCUUUAUUCCCGUAUAACACAUAUAAUUGUGCGCAGGAUUUUUGUUAAGGAUGGAGGAAUAACAGAAUAACGCAAUAGUGAUAUUAACCAGGAAAAAAACCGAGCCUUUAAUUCGAAUUUAUUUUAGUUAAUUUUAGACGCAUUGAUAUUUCUUGAAUUUUUGACUGAUGGUGAAUCGUUAAGUAUUGUGACUCUCAAUACCCAUGCGUAUGUAUGCGAGUCAAUUGAAAGUUUUGAUAACUAAUAUUUUUUGUGAGCGUCUUUCAAAGCUAAGCUACACAUUCCUUUCAUUUGUAAAAGUUUCUAACAGUAGGUACCUACUAACACUGAAUAAACCUUAUUUUCACCGAAAAUGUACUCAAAAUUAAAUUGCAAUCUCGAAACCAACCGACCGGUAAAUUAUGUUUGCGACUAGCUCACAGCGGCAAUGGGCUCGUACGUUUGCCUGCAUCAAGAGCGCCCACGACAACGCCUAUCGGAUUAUCGAGCGAGCUAUCAAGUUUGAGGAACACGAACGGCCGGACAUGGCACUCACCAGCUACAAGGAGGGUAUCAGAGCGAUUGACGAAGCCCUCGCGAUUCCGGUGGAAAUUUCCGAAGACUUUCAGAAGGAUGAGAGCUGGCAGUCGGCGGUACGAAUGAUUCAUAAGAUGAAAUGCACUCGGGGGGAAGUGCUGCAGCGUGUCGGACAGCUUGCCAGCAAAAUAGACCAGCGGGAUGCAGCAAACGACAAAAAUGGUAUGGAGUCCAUCACGACCGAAGGUCAAGUGUUAAGACCAAGAACGUACACCGAAUUGGCGCAGGCGCUGCGUGAUAUGCAGAGUGGUGGGGACGAAGUUGGAGAAACGAGUAGUUUGGAACUGUUAUUUUCAUGCGACGGGGUGAAGAUGUACUACAUAGAACCGGAUGGUGUAGUUUCGAGGGCACUGGAGGACUCAACACUGCGUAUCAUCAGGAUUGAAAAAGAUGACAUCCGGAAGCUAGAAAGUACUGUUUUCGUACAGGUUAUACCGACUGUAGCUUGUGCACGGAUUGAAAACGCUGAAGAACCGCUUUUGGAACGAGGAGUUGAAGCCAGAGAGGGGCUUGUCGUUGUAAGUGAGAUAGAAGAACACCGCGAAGUCGAUCCGUCGUUUAUCUAUCCGUUGAUUCCCGGGGUGUCACCGUGCUACCGUACGGAAUACGGAGCUUUUAUUAUACCAGAUUUAACAAGCGAGAAUGGUCGCACAAUUGGACUUAUAAUUCCACCUGACGCCGAUGAUGUAGUGCUGGAGAUUUUCGUGGCUUUUCUCCAUGGCAUUGUAACUCAAGGUGGAGGUUUUCAGUUCGGUGCUCCAAGACCUAGGCGUAGCACCAGCGCAAACGUAUCGGCCAACAUUAUCAAGGGUGCUUUCUACGUCUCGAAAGGUUUGAUAAAAGGUGCGGAAAAAACCGGCGAAUUCAUUGCCUACAGCACACCGUAUAUCAUAUCCAAAAUUCGAAAAACUCCCGACGAAGCACCUGCCCAAGUGCCUGGUAAUGUAAAAACGGGAAUAGAAAUCGCUAAAUCCGUCAGUGGAACGGCAGCAAAUGUAACAAGCUACGUGGCAGGAAAAGUGGGUACAGCUACCAUGGCAUUGGGACGCUUUCUAGCCCCUCACAUCCAGAAGCACGGUUCAAAUCUACUGUCCUAUAGCACUGGCAUGAGCGCCGAAGAUGCUUCAGAUAAAGUCCAGGGAGCACUAACCGUGUGUGCUGGUGCCGUGGAAGGUUUUGGAACAGUUUAUGAUGGGUUGGAAAAAUCCGCCUCUAUUUUGGGGGCAAGCCUAAGCAACAGUACCGUUCAAAUUGUGCAGCACAAAUAUGGUUCGGAGGCGGGUCAGGUCGUAGGAAGUUCAUUGGACACAGUCGGUAAUGUCAUAAACGUGAGCCACAACAUGAAUUAUAUAACGCCGAAAGGAAUUGCCAAACGGACGGCAAAAAAUGCCGGCAAAGCACUGGUUGCCGGCUACAGACCACCGAUACCAGAAGUGGAUCUGAUCGCUGGGGAAGGUUCUUCGAGCGGCCACAUAAUGGAACCACAGCAGCGGGUAGUGCCUGCCGCCGUUCUCUAUCCAGAUCUGUCCGGAUUAGCUGAGGAAGUACGGAAAUAAGUUUAAGAAGAUAUGAAUAAGGAAUAACAAUGACACAAAGUUGAUAUUUGCACUCGAUUGUAACACUGAUAUAAUAUGGUUCCCACGCUUAGCGUUUGUUUAUACAAAAAUUUUGAUACAUUUUAUGACUAGAAGCAUUGUAGUUAUUACUCCUGCACCUGUGACGGUUUUUGUUAGCUUUAAACAUAUAACAACCAAAAAUAUUUUGUGGUAGUUUAGAACAACGAUAUAAAUUUUUAAUAGCAUUAAAGCAAUUGUCUUAGUGGGGAGAACUAUGUCUCAUUUUGUUAAAAUAGGCAGACAAAUACUCUUGAGUCUUGACAAAGCGAAAUAUUUACAAACCAAAAGAAAUCUCAACUUCUGAUAUUUAAAGGCAAAACAAAUAACUCCUGAAAUUUGCAAUCUCAAAUGUGACUAUAGAAGUAUCGUAAUAAAUCUAUUUACUAUUCA